AGUUUACAUAUAAAGUUUCGAUAAAUCUUGUAUAUACACAAUUGGUUCUUGUAUUUGCAUAAAAAGACUUGCCAAAAUAUUGUACAAACAAAAUAAACUUUCGAUCAAUAUUAAUGAAAUUUAAGUUCCUGUUCCUAUUGUAGUGAAACGAGCUUAAAAUAACGAUAAUUCCUAUAACCACAUUGAGGUGGCGUCAGCAGUGAUUGUGACUCACUUUCCAAAUUUUUCCCACCUACAAAAAAAAAUCGCAACCACUUGCUAAGUCAUCAGUUUGACGUAAACAUCACAUCUUAAUAAUCACGUAAUGGCUGCAGUCGGAGAAAAUGAACCACGCACGGAGUUGCAGGAGUUGCAGAUUAAGUCUGGCCAAGUGGCCGACGAAUCGUUGGAAAGCACUCGUCGUAUGCUUAGCUUAAUGGAUGAAUCUAAAGAGGCGGGUAUACGCACUCUGGUCGCUUUAGAUGAUCAGGGCGAGCAGUUAGAUCGUAUCGAAGAAGGGAUGGACCGCAUCAAUGCUGAUAUGCGAGAGGCCGAAAAGAAUCUCAGCGGCAUGGAGAAAUGCUGCGGCAUUUGUGUGCUGCCUUGGAAGAAAGUCAACAUCAAGGACGACAGCGAUAGUGCCUGGAAAGCCAAUGACGACGGAAAGGUUGUGGCAAGCCAGCCGCAACGUGUUAUUGAUGAGCGGGAACGCGGUGGCAUGGGAGCACCACCUCAAUCCGGGUAUAUAGCUCGCAUAACCAACGAUGCACGCGAAGAUGAAAUGGAUGAGAAUUUGGGGCAAGUAAACUCAAUGCUAGGUAACUUGCGCAACAUGGCCUUGGAUAUGGGAUCGGAGCUUGAGAACCAAAAUAAGCAAGUCGACCGCAUCAAUGCCAAAGGUGAUGCCAACAACAUACGCAUGGAUGGUGUUAAUAAGCGCGCAAACAGUCUGCUCAAGAGUUAAAUGACAAAAUUAUAAGCACUCGAAACGAUAAUGAUAAACUUAGCCAAAAGCAGCUCGUCCCCUCUCUUCACAUACGUGGUACAACUUACUAUCUCACAGAAACUUUCACAACCAACACAGAAACAGCAACAACAACAAGGAACAAAUGUUGUGGGCACAAAUAUAUAAGCAGUAGCGACUAUAUUAGUUGAUAUAUUUUUUGCUACUGCAAUAUCUAACUUUAUAUUAUACGUAUAUACUCGCUAAAGCAAAAAUGGAAAAUAUCAACUAACGCGACUAACCCAUCUAUACAAUAAUAUAUACAUAUAUCUACUUGUAUACCUAUUGUCUAACUAAUAAGCACGCGUUUACGCGCCACCAAAAGUGAAACACAAAUUUUAUAAUGAGAUUUUCGUAUAAAAGUAUUUAUAUUUUUUUUUUGUACAAACUUUUUGAGGCAUUUUCCGACCUUCAUGAAUCAAACAAGACAACUUUAUGAUGAAAUAUUUACAAUUUGUGCGGCCCGAGGUGAUGAGGCAUUUAUAAGGAGUCAGCGGAACGAACGCUUGGUUGGGACAUAUUAAAUAUUUAAGAGUAGUGUCAUAUUCGUAGCCAAUUUAUGUGCAUUCUUUGUGUACGCCACUUUGUUAAUACUAUACAAUAUGUAUAUUGAUGUACCCCUAUCUAUUUACAAUAUAUACACAAAUAUUUAUAUAUAUUAUAUAGGUCGACCAAAUUGUGAACCCAGUUAUUAGAUUAAGUCGCUGCAACUGCUUGUUUUGCAAUAAUCUAUUUGUUUGUCUCAACACAAAAUAAUUUUCAUGGAAAUGUUUAUUGUAUCUGUAUUGAACAAUUAUGUAUAUUGAUUAGUUUUAAUCCCGCUUUAAGAAAUUAUUAUUGCCACUUAAGUUUCAUUGUAGCUGUUAUAAAUUGCAACAAUUUAAAAAUUAAA